GCUCGUGUUUUCACUUCCUUCUCUUCAGAGCUGUAUCCGGGUCGUUGUUUUCUCUAUUGUCAGGCAACCGGCCUCGGACUGUGCGGAUUCUGGGUCUUUUGUUGCUUUUGUUUGCGGGAUAAUAAAGUUUUUCUCUCCUUUAUUUUUUAUCUAAGCGUUUUAACGGGGUAAAUUAACUCCUCAGGGCUGCCGGGUUGGCCGCGCUGCCUGGGCCGGAGGGCGCCUUUGGCCGGGAGGCGCCAAAGGAAGGCGCUCGAGGGGCCGGGGUCGGUUCUCCUAGGACCGGGGGCCGGGGGGCGGGAGGGGAGCGGCGGGGCUGCACCUGGGGCGCCCCGGUCAGGUCCGCGCCGCCGCCUAUUUUUAAUAGCAUCUUUUGGACUUAUUUCCUUGGUCUCAGUCCUCGACCUCGGCGCUGCCUGUGCUAUCGCAGCCUCUCCCUAGGUCUCCUCCAAACGACCACCUCGGAUUCCUUAUGGAUCGCAGCUCCAAGAGGAGGCAGGUGAAGCCUUUGGCAGCUUCUCUGCUAGAAGCUCUCGAUUAUGAUAGUUCAGAUGACAGUGAUUUUAAAGUUGGAGAUGCUUCAGAUUCUGAAGGGAGUGGUAAUGGAAGUGAAGAUCCUUCAAAGGACAGUGGAGAAGGUUCCUGUAGUGAUUCUGAAGAAAAUAUUUUAGAGGAAGAACUGAAUGAAGACAUUAAAGUAAAAGAAGAACAACUUAAAAAUUCUGCAGAGGAAGAAGUACUGUCAUCAGAAAAACAGUUAAUUAAGGUGGAAAAGAAAGAGGAAGAAGAGAAUGGAGAAAGACCUAGAAAGAAAAAGGAAAAAGAGAAGGAGAAAGAAAAGGAAAAAGAGAAAGAGAAGGAGAAAGAAAAAGCAACAAUAUCUGAUAAUGUGGCUGCUGCUGCUGCUUCCACCACGCCAGCCACAAGUCCUCCUGCUGCUAACACAUGUCCUUCAGUCCCCACUACCACAACUACUGAGGAGCAAGUCAGCGAGCCAAAAAAGUGGAACCUUCGUCGGAACCGACCACUUUUGGAUUUUGUGUCCAUGGAAGAGCUGAAUGACAUGGAUGACUAUGACAGUGAAGAUGACAAUGAUUGGCGACCCACUGUAGUAAAAAGAAAGGGAAGAUCUGCAUCUCAGAAGGAAGGAAGUGAUGGAGACAAUGAGGAUGACGAAGAUGAGGGGAGUGGGAGUGAUGCGGAUGAGAAUGAUGAAGGCAACGAUGAAGAUCAUAGCAGUCCUGCCAGUGAAGGGGGCUGCAAGAAGAAGAAGAGUAAAGUUCUUAGCAGAAACAGUGCUGAUGAUGAGGAACUGACCAAUGAUAGCCUGACACUAUCUCAGAGCAAGAGUAAUGAGGACUCGCUGAUUCUUGAGAAGAGUCAAAACUGGAGUUCUCAGAAAAUGGACCAUAUUCUGAUUUGCUGUGUUUGUCUUGGAGAUAACAGUGAGGAUGCGGAUGAAAUAAUUCAGUGCGACAAUUGUGGCAUUACCGUUCAUGAAGGUUGUUAUGGAGUUGAUGGAGAGAGUGACUCGAUUAUGAGUUCAGCUUCUGAAAACUCCACUGAACCUUGGUUCUGUGAUGCCUGUAAAUGUGGUGUUUCCCCUAGCUGUGAACUGUGUCCCAAUCAGGAUGGAAUUUUCAAGGAGACAGAUGCUGGAAGAUGGGUUCACAUCGUUUGUGCCCUGUACGUUCCUGGUGUAGCCUUUGGAGAUAUUGACAAAUUACGACCAGUAACACUAACAGAAAUGAACUAUUCCAAAUAUGGUGCCAAGGAGUGUAGCUUCUGUGAAGACCCUCGUUUUGCUCGAACUGGAGUUUGCAUUAGCUGUGAUGCAGGGAUGUGCAGAGCCUAUUUCCAUGUGACCUGUGCUCAGAAGGAAGGUCUGCUUUCAGAGGCAGCAGCAGAAGAGGAUAUAGCAGAUCCAUUUUUUGCUUAUUGUAAGCAACAUGCAGAUAGGUUAGACAGAAAGUGGAAGAGAAAAAACUACUUGGCUCUGCAAUCCUAUUGUAAAAUGUCUUUACAAGAGAGAGAGAAGCAGUUAUCACCAGAAGCACAGGCAAGGAUCAAUGCCCGGCUUCAGCAGUAUCGUGCCAAAGCAGAACUAGCUCGAUCCACCAGACCCCAGGCCUGGGUUCCGAGGGAAAAAUUGCCCAGACCACUCACUAGCAGUGCUUCAGCCAUUCGCAAACUUAUGCGGAAAGCAGAACUAAUGGGGAUCAGUACAGAUAUCUUCCCAGUGGACAAUUCAGAUACAAGUUCUAGUGUGGAUGGAAGGAGAAAGCAUAAGCAACCUGCUCUCACUGCUGAUUUUGUGAAUUAUUAUUUCGAGAGAAAUAUGCGCAUGAUUCAAAUUCAGGAGAAUAUGGCUGAACAAAAGAAUAUAAAGGAUAAAUUAGAGAAUGAACAAGAAAAGCUUCAUGUGGAAUAUAAUAAGCUCUGUGAAUCUUUAGAAGAACUACAAAACAUGAAUGGAAAACUUCGAAGUGAAGGACAAGGAAUAUGGGCCUUACUAGGCAGAAUCACAGGGCAGAAGUUGAAUAUACCGGCAAUUUUGCGAGCACCCAAGGAGAGAAAACCAAGUAAAAAAGAAGGAGGCACACAAAAGACAUCUACUCUUCCUGCAGUACUUUAUAGCUGUGGCAUUUGUAAGAAGAACCAUGAUCAGCAUCUUCUUUUAUUGUGUGAUACCUGUAAACUCCAUUACCAUCUUGGAUGUCUGGACCCUCCUCUUACGAGGAUGCCAAGAAAGACCAAAAACAGUUAUUGGCAGUGUUCUGAAUGUGACCAGGCAGGGAGCAGUGACAUGGAAGCAGAGAUGGCCAUGGAAACCUUACCAGAUGGGACCAAACGAUCAAGGAGGCAGAUUAAGGAACCAGUGAAAUUUGUUCCACAGGAUAUGCCUCCAGAACCCAAGAAGAUUCCAAUAAGAAACACGAGAACCAGAGGACGAAAACGAAGCUUCAUUCCUGAGGAAGAAAAACAUGAGGAAAGAGUUCCUAGAGAGAGAAGACAAAGGCAGUCUGUGUUACAAAAGAAGCCCAAGGCUGAAGAUUUACGAACUGAAUGUGCAACUUGCAAGGGAACUGGAGACAAUGAAAAUCUUGUCAGGUGUGAUGAAUGCAGACUGUGCUACCAUUUUGGUUGUUUGGAUCCUCCUUUGAAAAAAUCUCCUAAACAAACAGGCUAUGGAUGGAUAUGUCAGGAGUGUGAUUCUUCAUCUUCUAAGGCUUAUUUGAAGACAAAAGGGCAGCCAUCCCAAGGUCUGAAUGUAUUUGUCAUUUUCAGGACGGGGACAAGCUUCUCUGAAACUUUUAGGUUGUUCAUUUAAAACGCUCAUAGCAUUAUAGUUUCAUUGAAUAUGUCUUAAUUGCAAUUAUAGUUGCUCAAGUAAUCAUUGUUUUGGGUAGAGAUUAAAAGCUUCAUAAGGCUCAGAAUCUGCCUUAUAUAUCAGUUUUGGGUUUUUUCUUUUUAGCACCUAUCACAAUAACUGACGCACAGUUGAUAAUCAGGGGUAAAUGUAUAAAUGGCUUUUGUAGCUCUCUGAAUGAUCUUUUCAAAUAGGUUUUUCAAAUGUUAUUUUAUCAAAUAUUUUUUCUAAUGUUUUAUAGUGUUGAUCAUGGAAUAUUGAGAAAUACUUUAUACUUAUAGGAUAACUAAUUGGUCAUAGAAAACAUCAGUUAGGUAAAUACAUUUUCAGACAAGCUUUGUAACUGAUUUGGUACUUGCCAUAAGGCCUACUUUUGGCAAUCAUUUACAGCGGUAUCAGUACUUGGUUUUCAUUAUGGUAAUGGUUUAAAGCAAGGAGUUUAAAACAUUUAACACUUUUCUUUAAAGAGCAAAAUAGUGUUUAUACAAUUAUUUUGAAUUCAAAGUGUAGAAAAUAUGGCUGUUAUAUUUGACUCUGAUAUGAAGUGCCACUACUAGAGAAAACUUCUGUGUGGAAUUUUCUAAAAUAUUGUUUUUAUUUUUUUGAAGCAAAAUCAACUUUUUUCCACUCAUGAAAAAUUAAUGUGCCAUAGGAAAUGUGUUACUUGGAUGUCUAAUGAGCUAUUAAUUUCCAAUGAAACUGAGAAGAUUAAUGUAUUCACUCUAGGGAAAAUAGCAUUCAACUUGAAAUAGAGACAUUUGCAGCAACUUAAUCUCUUCACUUGGGAGUAAAGUUUUAAAAAUUCACUUUUAGGCAUAAGUUUAUUUCUCAAAGAGAUAGUCCUUUGAUGUUGAGUUAAUCAGAAUAAAAGAGUAGUCAGUGUAAGUUAUGUUGAGAAGUGUUUGUUUCAAAGAUGCACAAUACCAAUCAUUGAGAAUGAAGGAGGAUAUAUUAUUCUGAUGCCAUACCCUAUCUCUAGAAUAUAACUCGUUUUUUUUUUAAAAAAAAAACUCUCCUUAUGUAUUGUUGUAGUUCAGUUUUUUCUCUUUACAGUUUAUGCCUGAUAGACUUUAAAAUAUACUUUCUCCAUUGCACUGUAAUUAUAUGACUGCCUACCUACCACAUUGGGCUUCCCUGAUAGCUCAGUUGGCAAAGAAUCUGCCUGCAAUGCAGGAGACCCUGGUUUGAUAUCUGGGUCAGGAAGAUCUGCUAGAGAAGGGAUAGG